AUGACCGACACCAUCUCCCACCCAACCCGAAUCAGAAUCAUCUCCUCCGCAAACAACACCUCCACCACCAACCAGAACAGCAGCAACCCCCUCAAACGCAAACAGCCCCAGCAGCCAGCCGAACCCACCCCGCAAACACUGCCAGGCUCAUCAAAGAAGCUCACCCUCCGCCUCAGACCACCGCCCCCUCAGCAGCAGCAACUACCGCCCUCAGCCUCAGCCUCAUCCUCGCCCAACCCCAUCUCAUCCAUCGCUGCCCCCACCCCCGACCAGAUCAACCAAAUCAGAUCCCAUGGACUCCAGCUGUGGUAUCGGAUCGUCAACUCAACCGAUCCUGACGGCCGCCUGCGCUCGAUCGCCUUCAUGGACCUGCCCUCGGCGGCCGACUAUCCGGACUACUAUCAGUUCAUCAAACACCCCAUCGCCCUCAACCUAAUCAAAUCCAAACUCGACUCCGAACGCGAUCCAUACCUCUCCCUGGACAAGCUGCUCGCCGAUCUCAAACUAGUCUUCUCCAACGCCAAAAAAUACAACGUCGAGCAGAGCGGAAUCUACAAGGAUGCUCAAGCUCUUCUGAAAAUCGUUCGCAAGGACCCCUUCCCGGCCGCCAAGGGUGCCAACCACCAAAAUCAGCCCGAGACGGCCGAGCCCAAACAGAAAAAACUCAGGAUCAAGCUUCGUCCAUCCCAACCCACUCAGCAAAUUCCACCCUCUGCCACCCACACAAACGGCACCCAACCGCUCGCACCAGACACUGUCGUCAUCCCCCCGACUCCUGUUGACGGGGUAUACCAAAAUGGCAUCCACCCAGCAGCACCCCCCGCACCAGGAGAAACACGUGUCCAGAUAUGCCCUCAGACACAGCAUCCCGUCCCAACUCGGCCCCAGCUCCCAGCGACCGGACAACUUCCAUCGAUCUCUCCACAGGAAAUAGAACGGAUCCAAUCCGAGGUCAGGGCGGAGACCGAGGCUCGUAGCAGGGCCCAGCAAGACGCCCAACAGAGAGAACUGAGAGCCCGGGAAGAGUCUCGCCAGCAGGAAGAAGCCCAGCUCCGGCAACAGGCCCAGACGCGUCAAAUCGAGCUACGUCAGCAAGCCGAAGCCCAGCAAGCUCACCCACGCACCCAGGCCCCAUCCCUGACACGCGUCGAGUCGCAAGCCCAAGCCCAGCCCACCUCGUCCCAAACCGAACCACCACUGCUAGCCCAGAUCCCCAUCAUUCCCAAGCCUAGAUCCCCCGCGCGACUCCAGGCUCAGUCCCAGCUCCAGAGCCCCUCUCGACGAGCCCAGACACCGACCAUCGGCCAGUCCCUGCUGCCCGAACCAACCACCCCGAACACACGCGCCUCGCAAGUCCGGACGAGCCCCCGAGCGAUCAACAGACCCACCACCCCGACCCCUUCUCACCAACCUCCCCGCUCGCCCUCCCCCUCCAAGCCUAAAGUCAACCUCAACAAGCUGCGCCUGUGGAUCAAGACCGUGCUCGAAAACCUCGAAGGGCUCACCGACCGUGCUGGGAGACAGUUGGUCGAAGAGUUCCGGACCCUCCCCGAUAAGGCUCGCUGGAAAACGUACUACCAGAUCAUCCCUCAGCCGAUCGCAAUGGACAACAUCAAUAUGCGAAACAAUAGAACGGGCUACAAAGAUUUCCAGUCCUUCAGAGACGACGUGUUCAGGAUGUUCAAGAAUGCGCAGCAUUUUAACGAAGACGGGUCGAUGGUAUGGAACGACUCGAAAGUUCUGGAAACUAAGUUUGUCGAAUUGAUCCAUCACCCGCCGCAAGAGCUCGCCCCGAUCGUCCUGCCCCAUCUGCCGGACCCGAAUGCCAAGAAAGACGCCCCGCCGAGUCCCUCCGGCUCGUUAAAUGGCAAGCGCAAGUCUCCGGGGAAGGAGAUGCCAGCGAGGCUGGUCGGGCCCUCGGCGACCCUUGCGGCGCCGAUAGCGAUUGCGGGACUGCGGCGCUCGUCGCGCUCGCCGUCGCGUCCGCCGUCGGCGCUCGGCUCUCCGCCGGUGACGCGCUCGUCACGCGCGGUGUCGCCGUUGCCGCGACGGGCGCCCUCGCCGCUGGGCCAGUCGAGGAAACCCGCCCCGCUUCACCCGGCCCACGCCGGCCUCCACGCGCCGCCCUCCCGGCCGCCCUCCCGGCCGCCCUCCCGGCUCGCCGCCGACAUCUCUCCCGCCCUCAUCUCGAUCUCCAACGGGGCCAGACCGGCCGACGCGGGCGCCGGCAAACCGGGGCCCAAGCCGCGCUCGAUGCCCGUGAUCCCGCUGAAAGCCCUCGACGGCCAUCCGCCCAUGAUCAGCCGGUUCAGGAUCACCAGCCGGCCGAAGACGAUGGAGACGUUGAAGAUCAAGAACCGGCGGGUGUUCCAGCACGCCUUCCGGGUGCCGCGGGGGACGGAGAGUGUGGUGGUGGAGAGCGAGCUGAACCGGGCAUGGCCGCUGACGCGCCAGCUGCGCUCGUCGGUAGGUCUGGUGAAGGUGAAGGUGGACCACGUGCGUGUGCGGGGGAUGCCGGCUGGGCCCGGGCUGCUCCAGGCUGGUGGUGCAGGAGGCUCGUCGGCGAACGGCGCGGGCCAGCCGGAGAAGGACGCCGGCGUGCUGCUCACAGAGGUCAAGCUCGUCGACGGGCUUAACCUCGUCGAGCUCGCCGUCACCGGAAACCCCGACGCCCACAAACUCGACCCCGCCGUCCUCGCCCUCCCGCCCUCCUCAGCCGCCCCCUCCGCCGUCGGCAUCCCGGGCGGCCCCGCGAACGGCUCGGCCCCCGCUUCCGUGGGCCUCGUGCGCGAAUCAUAUCGGCUCUUCAUCUACAGAUAA